AGAGGAAGAAGAGUAUGAAGAGGAAGAAGAAGAGCAGCCAAUCACAGAGCCCAAUACUGAGGAUGAGGGGGAGGAAGAGGCCAGUAGGCAGGUCAAAGACAGUGGUGUCCCAGGUGUUCAGGAGGCUGUGAAUGAAAACCUUUCAUGGUGUUCUGACUCUUCAGCCAUCUCCAGUGCCAUUUCUCCAGCUGAGAGGCCUCUCUCCUGCUCUAGAGCAAAGAGCUUUUCUAGCAGCUCCUCUUCUGUGCCUGACUCAUCUGUCUCUCAUCAUAAUUCUGUCCUUUCAUCACCAUCUUCACCUGUGGCAGCAUUGCUAAGCUCUUCCCAAAAUUCAUCAGCAUCCGUUACUCCGAAGGCAUCUCCAACGGUAGAGAGGUUACCUUAUGUACCACAUACUCCUUUUCACCUCUUCUCAUACGACUUUGAAGAGUCUCCAGCAUCUGUGAAAGAAAAGGAAGCAGAGGUGAUGAGGGAAAACAGAUACAAUAGCUACGGCAGCAGCUCUUACUCUUCUCCACGACCUUACUCUGGUGUGAGUGCCCCAACAACUCCCACUUCUCGUUAUGGGACAACUCUGUCACCGCCACAAGAGACCAAAUCUGACAGGCCAGCUUUGGGUGGUCUCCUUACAUCAUCUUUUCGGCAGCACCAGGAGUCCUUGGCAGCAGAAAGAGAAAGACGACGUCAGGAGAGAGAAGAAAGGUUGCAAAGGAUAGAACGUGAAGAAAGAAACAAAUUCAACCGUGAUUAUUUAGACAAAAGAGAAGAACUAAGACAAGCAAGAGAAGAGAGAUACAAAUACUUGGAGAGGUUGGCAGCGGAGGAGUAUGAGAAGGAGCUGAAGAGUCGGAGUGUAAGCCGAGGCAGAAGUGAGCUGUCCUUGAACCUGAGAUCUCCUUCAGCCCCAUCCUCACCUGUACCCAAGUGUGUCAGCCCAGCAUCCAUAGAGUCCCAGGAAGAGCUGAAGACCCCUUCCACGCCUUGCGGGACCCCUCGGCCCUCAGAAGUGAGUGCCAGUGAACCCGAACCAGAGACAGAGACAGAACCAGACCCAGAGCAGGAGGCUGAGGCCGAGCAGGGAACGGAGACACCCAAGGAAAUAGAGGCUACAGAGGUGGGACCAGAGAGUGAGGUGGAGCAAGGACCAGAGAGAGAGCCAGAAGAAAGUGCACUACUCAGUGAAAAAGAGAGGCAGAAUGAGGAAGUGAAUGAAAAAGACAACUGCUCUGCAUCCAGCAUAUCCUCAGCAAGCAGCACUUUAGAGAGGGAAGAGAGAGAGGACAAGUUAACCAGUGACAAUGAAACUGGUCCGUGGUCGCAGACUAUUCAGGAUGCUGGUGUGAAUGAGCAGUGCAGCAACAUCCUCAACAACAAGCGGUUUAUGCUGGACAUGUUGUAUGCGCAUAACAAAAAGCCUAAGGAUGAAGAGGAGAAGGAGCUGGAGGCGAAGGAGGAAAAGAAGGAGACGGAGGAAAGUGAGGAGUCACUCACUAGCCUAGCCAGCAGGAUCUCUAUCCUUCAGGCCACGAAACAGGCCAAAGAUGAAAGUGUCAAAAAGAUGGAGAUUGGAAAUCUGGACAACCAAGGCAGCGUGAAAGCCUUUGCGGAAAAAUUCAACAGUGGUGAGCUGGCCAAGGGGACAGCCGUGCCUGAGGAUGAAAUCAGUGAACAGGUCCCCGAGAAAACACCAGCACAGCCAAAGAAGGAAUCUGACUACAUCUGGGAUCAGCUCAUGGCUAAUCCUAGAGAACUUAAAAUCAAAGACAUGGAUUUUACAGACUUGGGGGAGGAGGAUGAUGUAGAUGUGUUGGACAUGGAUAUGGGUCCUGGGGACUCCCUUGUUCCCCCUCCUCCACCUCCACCUUCUUUUCUGGGUUUGCCUCCUCCACCACCUCCCCCACUGUUUGGAUGUCCGCCUCCACCUCCACCCUCUGCUAAUUUAUUGGCUCCUCCGCCGCUGUUCAGCACUCCUCAGGGUUUAGGGUCACCCCAGGUUUCUAGGGGUCAGCCAGCAUUUAUAAAGAAGAAGAAAACCAUCCGUCUGUUUUGGAACGAGGUGCGGCCAUUUGAGUGGCAGUGUAAAAACAACAAGCGCUGCAGAGAAUUCCUGUGGUCGAAACUGGAACCCAUUAAGGUGGACACUUCCAAACUGGAGCAUCUCUUUGAGUCUAAAUCCAAGGAACUGCCUGUCACAAAGAAAACUGCUGCAGAUGGGAAGCGACAGGAAAUCAUUGUAUUGGACUCAAAACGAAGCAAUGCUAUUAAUAUUGGCUUGACUGUGUUGCCCCCUCCCCGGACUAUCAAGACUGCUAUUUUGAACUUUGACGAAUAUGCCUUAAACAAGGAAGGAAUAGAGAAAAUCCUGACGAUGAUCCCAACUGAGGAGGAAAAGCAAAAGAUCCAGGAGGCACAGCUGGCGAACCCCGAUGUCCCCCUGGGCAGCGCCGAGCAGUUCCUUCUCACCCUCUCCUCCAUCAGUGAACUCUCCGCCAGGCUCCAGCUCUGGGCUUUCAAGAUGGACUAUGAGAUAGUGGAAAAGGAAGUUGCAGAACCACUUCUAGACCUGAAGGAAGGAAUGGACCAACUGGAGCACAAUAAAACUUUGGGAUUUAUCCUUUCUACUCUACUAGCCAUUGGGAACUUUCUGAAUGGAACCAAUGCCAAAGCUUUUGAGUUGAGCUACCUCGAGAAGGUUCCAGAAGUCAAGGACACGGUGCACAAGCAGUCCCUCCUGCACCACGUCUGCACUAUGGUGGUGGAAAAGUUCCCAGACAGCACUGAUCUUUAUUCAGAGAUUGGGGCCAUCACUAGGUCAGCCAAGGUUGACUUUGAACAACUCCAGGAAAACUUGUGUCAGAUGGAAAGGCGGUGCAAAGCAUCAUGGGAUCACCUAAAGGCUAUAGCAAAGCAUGAAAUGAAGCCAACUCUAAAGCAAAAAAUGUCCGAAUUCCUUAAAGACUGUGCAGAAAGAAUCAUAAUCCUGAAGAUUGUUCAUAGAAGAAUAAUUAACAGGUUUCACUCAUUUUUAUUAUUUAUGGGCCAUCCUCCCUAUGCAAUACGUGAAGUCAACAUCAAUAAGUUCUGCAAAAUUAUUAGCGAAUUUGCUCUGGAAUACCGCACCACCAGGGAACGAGUUCUGCAGCAAAAACAGAAACGAGCUAACCACAGGGAAAGAAACAAGACCAGAGGGAAAAUGAUAACAGAUACCGAUGAAGAAGAGGAUGCAGAGUCUGGCAAGUUUUCCAGCAGCUCGCCCCCCUGCCAGAGCCAGCCCCAGGGGCUGCAGUAUGCCGAGGAUGCUGCAGAGCACGAGAACAUGAAGGCUGUGUUGAAGACUUCCUCCAUCUGCGGGGAAAGCACCACGGCCCUCGGGGUCCGCACACGAAGCCGGGCCAGCCGAGGCCGUAUCGGUUCAUGGAAUGCUGGCAAUGAUGAUUCACCUAAUGCAACAGAUGACGCAGCAGAUGAGAUCAUGGAUCGCAUUGUAAAGUCCGCCACCCAAGUGCCAAGCCAGCGAGCGGUGCCUAGAGAGAGGAAGCGGUCACGAGCAAACAGGAAGUCAUUGAGAAGGACACUAAAGAGUGGACUGACACCAGAAGAAGCCAAAGCACUGGGUCUCAUCAGCACCUCUGAGAUGCAGGUUUGACAUUCCAGAGGUGGCGACAGGAAGAGCCAUUCAUCUGAAGCACACAGGCUGACAACGUUUUGGUGUAGCAUUGACCUGCCAGCCUCCUCUGCUGCUCCCAACAUCCCAUCCUCUGUUAGUUCAAUUUUAAUAAGCAACAAAAAGCAAAACCCCACAGCCAGGGCAGAAGAAGGGUGUGCCACAUCUCAGCACGACAUCUGGACGGUAACUGAGGAAGUGUUUGAGUGUUUGUAGGUGAAAGCGUAUGGCUGCUUCUCUCAUGUGUUGAUGUGAGUAGGAGGGGGCUCUCUCUGAGUUAUCUGUCAUGUGAGCUGUGUUUACGCUGGUUUUCCUUGUGCCCUGUUUUAGUCAUUGUAAAUGUAUGGCAUUUUGUUAAUGCAAGGAACAGUCCUUAAAGAGGCAAAAUAACUCCUGUUACAGCGACUCCAACUUUAUUGAAGCAGAUUCAUUAAGCAAAGAUGCAGAGUCUGUCCAGCCCUGUGGUUUGUUUGGGGUUUUUUUAUUAUUUUGCCACCAAAGAAUGUAAAAAUGUAUGUGUACCUUUGUAUAUGUACAGAAUGAAUGUGUGGACAUGUGUGCAUGUAUCUAUACACAGACAGUCAUGGUGUGAAAUCAUGUUCCUGAAAAACUAGCUGGACCAUGAUUUUCACUCUAGGGCCUUACUGUUCCACCUGGACAGGGGCAGAGAAUGUCUUUU